AUGGCGCUCAACGCGUCCUCCCACAAUUCGACCGGCGAGAAGACGGCGCCCAAUACUGCGCCGCCGCCUGAACUCAGUGCAGACGUCAAGAAGGACAUACUAGGUGCUGCUGAACACGAGGGAACCGGCCAACAUGCGCCUGGCCGUGAGAACGACAAGGGCGUAGAGAAGAAGGAGAAGUCCGCCAAGGAACUGGAGAAGGAGCGUAAGAAGGCUGAAAAAGACGCAAAGUUCAAGGCAAAGAAGGCAGCAGCCGCCGGUGCGGCCAAGGAUGCUGGCGCCGCCCCAGCCAAAGAGAAGAAGAAGAAGGGCAAGGAGGAGGAGCAACUACCCGAGUACGUCGAAGAGACUCCCAAGGGCGAGAAGAAGAGGCUAAAGCCUCUGGACGACCCAUACACAAAGGCAUACAUUCCCAAGGUCGUUGAGUCGGCAUGGGACGCAUGGUGGGAUUCCCAGGGUUUCUUCAAACCUCAGUUCACAGAGAGUGGGGAGAACAAGGGACCAGGUCACUUCGUUAUCCCUAUCCCUCCACCAAACGUUACCGGAAAGCUACACUGUGGACAUGCGCUCGCUACGAGUCUGCAGGAUGUCCUUAUCAGGUGGCACAGGAUGAGGGGAUACACAACCCUGUACUUGCCCGGUUGUGACCACGCUGGUAUCGCUACACAGUCCGUUGUAGAGAAGAUGCUCAAGCGACGCGAAAAUAAGACGCGAUAUGAUCUUGGCCGUCAAAAGUUCCUCGAGCGGACCAUGGAGUGGAAGGAAGAAUACCAUCAGCAUCUCACCAACACACUACGGAGGAUGGGUGGAUCGUUCGAUUGGUCACGCGAGGCUUUCACCAUGGACGAGAACUGCUCCAAGGCCGUCACAGAGACCUUCGUUCGCUUACACGAGGAUGGCUUAAUCUACCGCAGUAACAGACUGGUCAACUGGUGCACGGCUCUGAACACGGCCCUCAGUACACUCGAGGUCGACAACAAAGAUCUCGCGGGCCCUACUAAGCUAUCUGUGCCCGGAUAUGAGAGGAUGGUCGAAUUUGGUGUCCUCACCCACUUCAAGUACGCUGUCGAAGGCACCGACCAGUUCAUCGAGAUUGCUACCACACGUCCCGAAACUAUGUUGGGAGACUCUGGUAUUGCCGUUCACCCCAAGGACGAACGUUACAAGCAUCUGGUUGGAAAGAAAGCCCGUCACCCCUUCAUUGAUCGCCUCAUGCCCAUUGUCGCUGAUGACUAUGUUGAUCCCGAGUUCGGUACUGGUGCUGUGAAACUUACUCCGGCACACGACCCCAACGAUUUCAACUUGGGAAAGAAGCACGGUCUUGAGUUCAUCAACAUCUUGAACGACAACGGAACUAUGAACAAGAAUGCUGGUCAAUUCGAAGGCAGCAAGCGCUUCGAUGUUCGCUACACUGUUGUUGAUGCGCUGAAGAAGGAGGGUCUUUUCGUAAAGACGGAGCCCAACCCCAUGAAGGUCCCCAUCUGUUCAAGGUCUGGCGAUGUCAUCGAGCCAAUCAUGAAGCCGCAAUGGUGGAUGAAGAUGGACAGCUUGGCUAAGCCUGCCAUUGAAGCCGUCGAGAAGGGCGACAUUAAGAUUAGGCCCGCCACUUCCGAGAAGGUCUACAUGCACUGGAUGAACAACAUUCAGGAUUGGUGCUUGUCCCGACAACUGUGGUGGGGUCACCAAAUCCCCGCUUACUUUGUCGAAAUCGAAGGCGAGGCGGGUGAUCGAACUGAAGACGAACGCUGGAUCACUGGCCGGACAGAAGAGGAAGCGCGAGCUAAGGCAGAGAAGAAGUUCCCUGGCAAGAAGUUCACGCUAUCACGGGAUGAGGACGUCCUCGACACAUGGUUCUCCUCAGGUCUGUGGCCAUUCUCUACCCUCGGCUGGCCCAACCAGACUGCCGACCUGGACAAGCUCUUCCCCACAUCUGUCCUCGAGACCGGAUGGGACAUUCUCUUCUUCUGGGUUGCCAGGAUGAUCUUCCUCUCGCUGUACCUCACGGGCAAGGUUCCGUUCAAGGAGGUCUACUGUCAUUCGCUCAUUCGUGACUCCGAAGGCAGAAAGAUGUCCAAAUCGUUGGGUAACGUUGUAGACCCUGUUGAUAUCAUGGAUGGUAUCACACUGCAGAAGCUACACGACCAACUUCGCGCGGGUAACCUAGACCCCAAGGAGUUGACCAAGGCGGAGAAGUAUCAGAAGACAGCCUUCCCUCAGGGCAUUCCCGAAUGUGGUGCUGAUGCGUUGCGCAUGGCCCUUGUCGGAUACACUACAGGAGGAGGCGACAUUUCCUUUGACGUCAACGUCAUUCACGGAUACCGAAGGUUCUGCAACAAGAUCUACCAGGCCACAAAGUACGUCAUUGGACGUCUGGGAGACGGUUUUACACCACGGGAGAAGGUCACAAAGGGAGGCUCAGAGUCACUACCGGAGCGGUACAUUCUGCAUCAGCUCAAUGCCGCUGCCAAGAAGAUUAACGAUCACUUGGAAGCACGCGAGUUCAGUCUCGCCACCCAGACCGCCUACAAGUACUUCUACGAGUACCUCUGCGACACCUACAUCGAGAACAGCAAGGCCAUUUUUGAUGAAGGAAGCGAAGAGCAAAAGGAAAGCGCGAAACAGACGCUCUACACCGCCAUCGAGGGAGGCUUGAACAUGAUCCACCCCUUCAUGCCCUUCUUAACAGAAGAGCUAUGGCAGCGUCUCCCUCGCCGACAAGGCGACAAGACCCCUUCCAUUACCAUUGCCCCUUUCCCACAGUACUCUCCAGAAUUCGAAGACGCGACCGCGAACGCAGAAUACGAGCUCCUCGUCGACAGCGCAAAGGGCCUCCGUUCCCUCACUGCCGAAUACGCAAUCAAGGAGGGUGCAUCAACCUACAUCCAAUCCCUCACCGACGCCACACAUAGCACCCUCACAACCCCCACCUCCCUCCCUUCCAUCCGCUCCCUCGCCGGAAAAACCAUUGGCGACAUCAAGAUUCUGUCCCCCACAGACACCGCACCGUCUGGAUGCGCCGUCUACACAAUCGGCACCUCUGCGACGGCAUACCUCGACGUCAAGGGACGCAUUGAGCUCGACAAGGAGAUUACAAAAGCUCAGGAUCGCCUCACCAAGGCGAACGAGACGAUUACGCGCCAGAAGAAGAUUAUGGAUGACGAGUGGGAGCAGAAGGUCAGUGAUGCUGUCAAGGAGCAGGAGAGGGAGAAGCUGAGGACGGCCGAGUUGGAGGCAAAGAACUGGGAGGCUAGUAUUGAGCAGUUCCAGAAGAUGAAGAUUGAAUAG